UGGGGUUGGGGGUAUUUUCGGCUGGUGGCGCCGCGGUCAAAGCCAAGGCCAUGGCUCUGCGGCAGGCACUGGGCCGGGGUCUGCAGCUCGGCCGGGCGCUGCUGCUGCGCUUCUCUACCAAGCCGGGCCCACCUGGGGGCCUAGGGCGGACGGAGAGGCCGGGGCCGGGUUGGGGGCUUGGAGCUCGAGGGGCGGCGGCGCGGGGAACCGGACCGGGGUCAGGGCAGGGGCUAGGCCUUCCCAGUCGCUACCACUUUUUUCGGGAGUCGGUGGCCGGGCUGGCGGCCCGCCUGCAGCGUCAGCUGGUGCUCCGGGCCCGGGGCGCCGGGGCCCCUUGCGGCCGCGCAGUCUUCCUGGCCUUCGGCCUGGGGCUGGGGCUCAUCGAGGAGAAGCAGGCGGAGGGGCAGCGGGCGGCCUCGGCCUGCCGGGACAUCCAGGAGAUUUUUACCCAGAAAAACAAGCUUAUUCCUGACCCUCUGGCAAGUAGGCGUUGGCAGGGCUUCCGACUGGAGGAAUACCUCAUUGGGCAGUCCAUUGGUAAAGGAUGCAGUGCUGCAGUGUAUGAAGCCAUGAUGCCUACAUUGGCCCCCAAGCAGGAAAGCCCCAAGGAUGAACUUCUCUUGGGGCAAGAUCCAGCCGUUACUCCACAGGCAGAAAGCAAGCAGAAUGCUCAGCACACAGCCACAGCCUUUCCCUUAGCCAUCAAGAUGAUGUGGAACAUCUCAGCAGGUUCCUCCAGUGAAGCCAUCUUCAGCACCAUGAGCCAGGAGCUGGUCCCAGCCAGCCGCGUGGCCCUGUCUGGGGAGUACGGAGCUGGCAUUUUCAGGAGACAAGAAAGAGGUUCCAAGCAGCUGACCCCACACCCUAACAUUAUCCGGGUGCUUCGGGCCUUCACCUCAUCUGUGCCCCUACUGCCUGGGGCUCUGGUCGACUAUCCUGAUGUCCUUCCUCCAAAGCUGUACCCCUCAGGUCUGGGCCAUGGACGAACACUAUUCCUUGUUAUGAAGAACUACCCCUGGACCCUGCGCCAAUACCUGCAGGUGCGCCCUCCAAGCCCCCGCCUUGCCGCCAUGAUGAUCCUGCAGUUAUUGGAAGGGGUGGAUCACCUGGUUCAGCAGGGCAUCGCACACAGGGACUUAAAGUCAGACAACAUCCUAGUGGAGUUUGACUCAGCUGGCUGCCCUUGGCUGGUAAUUACAGAUUUCGGCUGCUGUCUGGCUGAUGAGAGCAUUGGCCUACAAUUGCCUUUCACCAGCUGGUACGUGGACCGGGGAGGAAAUAGCUGCUUGAUGGCUCCUGAGGUUUCCACAGCCUCCCCUGGUCCUGGAGUAGUGAUCGACUACAGCAAAGCUGAUGCCUGGGCAGUAGGAGCAAUUGCCUAUGAGAUCUUUGGACUCCCCAAUCCCUUCUAUGGUCAAGGCGGGACCCAGCUGGAAAGCCGAAGUUACCAGGAGGCUGAGCUUCCUGCGCUGCCAGAGACUGUGCCUUUAGACGUAAGGCAGCUGGUAAAGGCGCUGCUCCAGCGAGAUGCCAGCAAGAGACCAUCUGCCCGGGUAGCAGCAAAUGUGCUUCACUUAAACCUUUGGGGUGAAAGUAUUUUAGCCCUAAAGAGUUUGAAACCAGACAAGAUGAUUGGCUGGCUCCUUCACCAAUCAGCUGCCACUCUGCUGACGGAUCGGUUAAUAGAGGGGAGCAGCAUAGAAACCAAAAUGAAAAUGUGCUUCUUGGCUAGCCUGGAGUAUGAAGCUCUCUGUCAGGCUGCAUUCUUGCUCUGUUCCUGGAGGGCAGCCCCAUGAUGGCCCCAUGUCACCCAUGAUUUACUAAAAGCACUUAGCAUUC